AUGUCAGGCACUAGAACGCAGGUUGCAGACUCAUCCACGUCACCACCUCUAAUUGAUAAUCGUCGGCUCGAUUAUUCUGCACUGAAAUUCACUUAUGUCGACGGAUCUGAUGACGAAAGUGCGAUUACUUCGGAAUUGCCGUCGUGUGUGUACGCUGCUGCCAGAAGCCGUCUUCAGCUGCCUUUAGCUGCCUAUGUUCAUCAACAUUCUCGACAAAUUCAUACAGAUGGUCUUCUGGACACAUCAAUGGAGCCAGAAUAUCAGUGCGGAGGGUCACCGUACCGCGUACAACGGGCGGCGGCGAACGUCCGCGAACGACGGCGAAUGCUGAGGUCCGGACCCAAUGGCAGUAUAAACUCGGCGUUCGACGAGUUGCGGGUCCAUGUUCCAACAUUUCCGUACGAGAAAAGGCUGAGUAAGAUUGACACUCUACGGCUUGCGAUCGCAUACAUCGCACUUCUUAGAGAGGUCCUGGAUGCAGAUUACGAUCCCUUGACUUAUGUAGAGAAAUGUCUUCGAGGUGAAAUCAAGGCCGAUCGUGCACAUUGGAAUACUAGUGAUUUGACCGCAAGAUUAUCGUGGAUUAAUUGGGAGAACUUAGGAGUUAAUCCCCAACGCAGAAGUGUCUUGACAUCGCUGGCCCUUAGUUCUGAAAAUAUGCAGUAUCCUCAUAACUGA